AUGGGCCCAAAGUCCGUCGAAACGGAGAUGGACUUCAGCAAGCGCCUUUACGGGGAUCGGAAGCACAUUGCUGGUGGUGAAGAAGCGGGCGAGGCACGGAAAGUGGCGAGGCUGCUGCCGCUUUCGGUUGUCCCUAGGAGCGCGGCGUCCCGAGCCGUGCAGCCCAGAGAACUGCCGCCGCUGGCGCUGGGCCCAUCCUGCCAAGUCUCGGUUUGGCCUUCGAAGCACAAACGUGCCGUGGGAGGAUCCAAGACCCCGCUUGCGCUACAGCUGGAGGCAUUUAUUAGGAGAGAGCAUCAGGUGUACCUUCGCGAGCACCCUGACUGCACCCAUGCUGACACGCUUCACAUUGUGCGAGAGGCAUUUUCGGUGUUAAUCGAACACUUUAUGGAGUACAGAAGAGUACUUUCUUUCAUUCGUGAGGAGUACGAGGCAACCAUUGAGGAAGCCGCAUGUGAGCUGCGACGCCUACGGGCGCGUAACCUAGAAAACGAGAGCGACCGUAGUUUCCACGUGAUGGAGCUGAUGCGCCAGCGCGAAGGAUUUACCACUGUCAUUAGCAAUCAACAGGCGCAGUUGCAGGCCACGCAGGGGCUAAUUCGCUCCCUGCGAGACCAGGUGGCGACGCUGGAAAAAUCCAACAGCGAUUUGUCCGCCGAGGUGAGAAGCACAAAGAAGAAGUUUGAUGAGAUCAUGGUGACGUCGAGGCUGUUAAAGGACGCCAUGAUUGAAGAGACGGCUCGCAACUCCCACUUUGUAAAACUGCACAGGUCGGACGAACGAGAGUUGGGUCGGUUGAAUGCCCAGGUCAACCUGAUGAAGGAGAAACUUAGCGAGGCGGAUAAGCGCUUCAAUGCGCUUGUGCGGCAGAUGAUGUUUGGUGGCUCUGGACCAACCAAGUUCAAGAAUCCAGUUGAAUCCACUGCUAGCGAGCACGCAUUCUCAUCCAGCAGUUUGGUGGAUUCAGAGACGAAGGAAACGGAGCAGUCUGUUGACGCGCUCCAGCGUCGGAUUGACGACUUGCUUCUUGCGUGUGAGCAGCUAAGGCGUGAGAAAGCCGAGGCGAAAAGGCCUUCCAGGGCGCGGAGACGUAGACAUCUCAAGGAAGAGGCGGCUCCUGCUCCUCCGGUGAAGCCGGGGUUGGCUGCGGCCGCCUCAGUGGAGUCUACCAGCAAACUUAUUCAGUCGUGGUUGCGGGAGGAGAACCUCACGGAGCGGGAAAUUGACGACUUGGACUUUCUGCUUCCCCCAGGGAAAUGCGAGGAGGAUCCACUUUCCUUCUUGAAAGUGUGUCACCCUGUGCGUAACCUGCGCAUGUCGCGAGAGGUUGUGGUAAGUACGCUUCGUGAGUUUUGGUCGUCGCGUCAGAUGCAAUCUUAUGUGCCGCUGAAGACGUACUUUAUGGACUGGCUGCGCAAAAAAGUAGGACCAGGGAAGGCCGCAGAGGAAAUUGGACUGAAUCUUCUCUCGGUGUGCCAAAGGAACCCGGAUGAUCCCGAGUGCCGCGCGAUGUUGUUGGUGCUGCGUUCAUUUCUGCCAGAGGAUGUGGUGUUGUCGUGGCAAAAGGACAUAAGAUUGCUGGAGGAUGCGUGUAACGACUCCUCGCGCGCCGCGGAUGGAGCCAUUCAAACUGCGUUUGUUGAAAACGCGUUAAGGGUUGUCAUGCCGGAGAAGAGUUACGUGCACAUGCUGGAGCUUCGCUUGUACCUCCGGCGUCUCAGCGAGGGAUCGGAGCAGGUGCCUAUUGACGUCCUUUUUAACGAGAGUGGUCAUUUUGCGUACAUGCUGAAGAAGCAAUUUCUCUAUGAGGUCGAAGAGUUUACGCUGCAAGCCGUCGAGGCUAUUCGACUGCUGUCUGAGGACUCCACUACUGUACGCGUGAACGAUGUCACGGAGACCAUCAGCAAGUUGGACGGGGGUAUUCCUAAAGGGACGCUGCACCGACUCGUGGCGGAGGCGACGCAACUGACGGCUAUGGACGUUGCGACGGCGGAUGCAAACCUCCGAGUAAAGCUGCAAACAGUGCUCCAUCGCUUCCGCAGCGCGGUGCUGCUUCGGAGAGCAACGCCUCCUCUGAGCGGCAACCCGGCGCUUGAUGAGGGGGGAGACGGCAGUGGCGACGAAGAGGAUGGUGAUGCAGAUGCCGAUGCAGGGGACUCCGGUAAAAGUGACGCUGAGGAGGGUGGUGAUGAGGAAGGUGCGGAUGCGACGCGUGAUUUGCGUCCAGGUCGCAGUCCUCAUCAAAACUCGCCAGAGUUGGGGGAGUCGCAGUUGAGUUGA